UCUCUGGGAGUUGUGUUGGGGUUCAGGACUGCUGGGUGAGGAUCGGGGCUCAGAGAGAGGAGACAGACCAACAAAUACAGGAUGAGGACUCUGGCACUGCUGCUGCUGGUUUUGGCUUUUACAUUUGCCACUGCGACAAAGUCUAGAAGUCAGUUCACACGUUACCGCUCAUGGAACUCACGGAUGUAUCCCGUAUGGAAAGAUGGAGACCCAAGAUUCAGGAACUGUUGGUCUGGUGGUGAAGUAACUUUUGAUCUGAAAAACGAUGCACCCACCCUGACUGGAGCAAAAGCAACCUUCAAUAUUAAUCUUAAUUUCCCACCAAAUCAGACAACGCUCUCUGACGGACAGGUGGUCUGGGCACAAAACUGUACCAUCAAUGGACAACAGUACCAGGCGGGUCAGGCUGUGUAUCCUGACCAGGACUCCCAGUCGACUGGAGUUUUUCCUGAUGGUACACCCUUCAACAGGAGCCAGAACAAGAAACCCCACUAUGUGUUUGUGUGGAAGACAUGGGGGCGUUACUGGCAGGUGGCAGACGGACCCUCCUCCUCCCUCACUAUCGGUACAGACAAUGUCCCCCUGGGCUCCUACAACAUGGAGGUUGUCAUCUAUCACUGCCGCGGCAAAGACAAGUUCAUCCCUCUUGGCUAUGCCUCCACGGUCUUCACCAUCACAGACCAGGUUCCCUUCACCAUAUCGCUCGCCCAAGUCAAUGAUGUUAACGAGAACGACCAGAACUUCAUCCAGAACCGAGCCAUUGCUUUCAACGUCAAGCUCCAUGAUCCCAGCCAGUAUCUCAACAACGCCGACAUCAGCUUCAGCUGGGACUUUGGUGACAGCACUGGUACCCUGAUCUCCAGAGACCUCACCGUCACACAUACGUACCUCGCAGUCGGGACGUUCAAACCUCAGGUGGUCCUGAUGGCAAGCAUCCCCAAUGGCUGUGGAAACCCCACUGCUGUUGUUCCUAUGGAUGCCUCUGCUGCUCCAGAAGUAGUUGUGAUGGCCUCCACCCCUGCAGCCGUCCCUGCAGCACCAGCUGAGGGAGGAGAUGCAAUUGCUCUGGAUGUUCCUGCCUCUGACGCCACUCCCCUCGCUGCGUCCGUGCAGCCAGCUGAAGCAGAAGAUGGAGAAGCAGUCAUUGAUGCAGACACAGAGGUGAUAGAGGUUGCCUCAGUAGCACCUGCAGUAGUCGACACAGCUGUUGCUCCAGAGGAACAAGAUCCUGCUGACACUGCUGCAGAAGCGGAUGUUGCUGCCGAGGCUGCCGAUGCCGAUACAGCUGCUGCAGAUGCCGACGCAGCUGCCGAUGCCGAUACAGCUGCUGCAGAUGAAAACGCAGAGGUUGCAGAUGAAACUGCAGUAGUUGCAGAUGAAACCACAGUGGUUGCAGAUGCAGCUGAAGAAAAUGAGCCUGUGAUUGAUGCUGCUGCUUCAGUUGCACCUGUUACAGAGGGUGAAGAAGCUGCAGUUGAGGACGCUGGCGCUGCCACUGUUGCUCCUGCAGCCGAAGUACCUGUAGAGCAAGAAGUUGAUGUAGCUGUCGAUGCUGCUGCUGAUGCUGAUGCAGAGGUGGUCCAGGCUGAAACAGAAGCUCCUGCUGAUAACAUUGUAGCCCCUGCUGCCACUGAGGCCACACCUGUAGAAGAGGCAGCACCAGCUGCUGAUACUGAGGCUGAAGUACAGGCAACUGAGAAUGAAGCUGCAGCUCCUGCAGCAGGUGAUGAAGAGGCCGUUGCAGCUGAAGGUGAAGUCCAAGCAGAGGCAGAAGCAGAUCCAGCACAGGUUCCCCUCGUUGUGGCUAAAAGACAAGCACCAGAGCUGACAGCUGACUGCAUGGUCUACCGUUAUGGCUCCCUCGCCACCUCUGUAGAUGUUAUUCAGGGUAUUGAAAGUGUAGAGAUUGUACAGAUGACCAACGUUGUAGCAAUGGCGACUGAGUUGGAUCAGAAUGCUGUGGACGUCACCAUUACCUGUCAGGGAAGUCUGCCAAAUGAGGUCUGCACAGUCAUAUCAGAUGCUGACUGUAUCACACCGGUGGAAACGGUCUGUAAUGCAGCUACACCCUCUCCAGACUGUCAAAUGAUCCUUCGUCAGUUCUUCAAUGACUCCGGAGUAUUUUGCAUCAAUGUCUCCCUGACCAAUGAUGUCAGUCUUGCUGUGGCAAGUGCUAGAGUCAGUGUAACACUAGCCUCUGGUGGUUCCCCAGCUGGAACUGCAGCCACAGUCCUGGGGGUAAUGGUUCUCGCCUGUGUUGUCUGUUGCAUUGGUUUGAUGUACAGGCGGUUUAAACAAUAUCAGCCACUGAGAGAAGACAGUAAUGGAGGCAGCUCAGCGGUAACAUCAGUGCCUAUGUUGUUGUGGAACCUAUUGAGCCGACAGUCGCCAGGAGAGAGUCGUCCACUGCUUCAGGGGAGGAUUGUGUGAAUAGCAUCAUCAACAUCAUCACCAUCCAUUAAAAUACUGACUUUAUGCACAUUAUACUCUAACUAUAGUGAUAUUGUAACUGCCAAUGUACCAUACCAGAACCAAUUAAAUGAGCCAAGUUAAGUGAACCAGCCCCGUGUGCAACAACGUGCGUAGAAAUAGAAAGAAGUGUGAAAUAGAGAAGUGUCAGAAGAAUGUUGAAAGUGAUAUUUAUUUUGACCUGCAGUGUUUUAUAUUAAUUGGCACCAUUAGUUUAUAGAAGCCAUGCCUUACUCUUUUAUUUUUGGCCUACUUAUACUAAAUCAAUGUUAACACAUUUCAGUUCUUUCUUUACAUUGUAAUUAAAUCACUUACAUCACAGAACGUUAUGAAAUGAAUAAAAUGGAACUUUAUUACUGUUA